AUGCUGGAGACCCUCAAGGGGCUAAGCUACCUGCACGAUCGGGCCAUCCUCCAUCGUGACAUGAAGUGCGGGAAUAUCUUGCUCACGGCCCGCGGCGAGAUCAAGAUCGUGGACUUCGGCAUCUCCGUCAUCAUGGAGCACCCGACGCAGAAGCGCAACACCUUCGUCGGCACGCCGUACUGGAUGUCACCGGAGCUGAUUGCCUGCGACAAGGACGCCACGGCCACCUACGACAUUGCGUGUGACAUCUGGGCCGCCGGCAUUUGUGCCAUCGAGCUCUACGACACGGACCCGCCGCUGGCCGAGUACCAUCCCCUCCGUGCGCUCUUCCUGAUCCCCAACUCCCCGCCGCCGACCGUGCGCAACCCGCGGCGCAUCUCCCGCCAGUUCCGGGACUUCCUCGGCAGCUGUCUGGCCAAGAAUCCGGCCGAGCGGCUGACUGCGCGCCAGCUCCUGGAGCAUCCCUUCCUCAAGUCUUCGCGCUUCUCCCUGCGCAAGAAGCCCUCGGCCGCCAACCACGUCCUGCGCGAAGUCCUCGAGCAGUUGGACAUGGGCCCCCCGGAGGAGGUCCUCCUGUCGCAUGACAUGUUCUUCCACACCGGCGGGGCGCUGACACCCGGAGGGACUGCCGGCAGCGGGCUCGGCAGCGGCAUGCCCGGGUCCCUGCCGCCGCUGGACGACGGGGCGGCCGAGCAAGGGGCCGCGGCCGCGGCCGGAGCCGGGCCACGCCGAGCCAGCGCCCUGCGCGGGCUCCGCCUCAAGAUCGACCUGCGCCCGGGGAAUCUCUUCUCCUCGUCGAGCCAGCGCGCGGCGGCCGCCAAGCGCAAGAAGUCCCAGGAUGCCGUGGUGCUGGAGCGCGGCGAGGCGCAGCGCCUCUACGGCCAGCGCUUCCACGAUGUGGACCCGGAUGCCGACCCGCGCGACCGGCCGCCACCGGAUGCGGCCGCCAGUCACACCGGGCCCUCGGCCAUGGACAUGACCAUCCAGCAGAGCCUGGCCAUGGCGCCCAUCCAGGUGGCCGCCGUGGCAUCGCUGCCGCAUCAGCAGCAUGGCGCCGAUGUCGGCGGGGGAAGCGCCCGGCACCAUCAUGGGCCCGGCGGGCCCGGCCCCGGGGCCGGUGACGAUUCGGAUCACAACUCCUCCGGGGACUCCUCCAGCGACAGCUACGAGGAGCAGGACAUGGGCAGGUUCGUGCGCCAGCUGCGGGAUAGCGCCCUCCUUUCGCCGGGGGUCGAUGCGAUGGAUGGGGCCUCGCCGAGCAGUCUGCUGGCGCCGGCCACACCGACCGCCGGGGCCGGGGCCGGGGCCGCCUCCUCCGCCUCGUCAUCCCCCUCCGGGGGCAGCCCCGGGGCCGGGCCAGCGUCGGCGGGUGUCGCCACCACCUCCGGCAUCCAUGUCCGCACGGUGUCCAUCAACCAUGAUCUGGCCCUGGUGGCCGCCACGGGCGCCGUGCCCGGGACCACCCCGAUCACGCCACUGUCGCCGGAGGCCGCUCUGGAGGCCGCCCGGGCUGAUGAGCGCGUGGACCGGGCCCUGGCGGCGGCGGCGGCGGCGGCCGCCUCGGCCGUGCCCCUGCCGCGGCCCGACGGCGACACGCACAUCAAGAUGUUCCUGGCCAAGGAGCGCUUCAACUUGGACAUUUCCUGCUCGACCAUGUUCCUGGAGACCCGGUGGCUGUUCGGCACGCCGGACGGUCUGUUCCAGCUGGACAAGGUGGGCGAUCUCACCAAACUCGGAUCCGGUGCCUUCCAUGUCAUCCAGCCGGUUACCGAGUACGGUGUCCUGGCGAGCUUGUGCGGCAAGCGCCUAGGCCACCAGAUCCGCCUGUACUCGCUGCCGCUGCUGGCGCAGAUCGCCACCGGCCAGCGGACCGUCGACAGCAGCCUGCGACUGCCCUACCGCACGGUUCCCAGCAGCCGGGGCUGCCGGCAAUUCUCCCUCAUCCGGUCGGGCGGGACGGUCUUCCUUUGCGCGGCCGUGCGCAACUCGGCCGUCCUCUACAUGUGGUCGGCAUCGCCUCAGAACAACUUCAUGAUCAUCGACUCGUGGCCGCUGCCGGACAGCUGCCUGGCCGUCGAGCCGAUCCUCGACGAUGCCGGGGUCUUGACGCACAUCAUCGCCCAGUGCACGUCGCUCUUUGUGCUCAUCAACAUCAAGGAGUGCGUGUCGCCCUUCUUCCCACUGGCUCGUUUGGCGUCGCUGCCCGUCCUCUGGCCGCCCCUCGCCGCCCCUCGCCGCCCCCCAUUGGCCGCCAUGGUGUCCACCUCGCACCCCGGCCUGGACCCGCCGGGCGCCGAUGCCCUUGCGCUGGGCAUGAGCAGCCCGCCGGUUCGGCGAACGGUCCUCGACGCCGAUGACCCGCCCUCGGCGCCGGACGACUGGCAACUUAUCACCAGCCUCGGUGAGGGCAACUACGGGUCGGUGCAUAAGGCCAUCCACCUCCCCACUGGCGGCAUGGCCGCGAUCAAGUGCGUCCCCUGGAACGAUGCCGACAUCCAGGAGAUCCAGACCGAAAUCAACAUCCUGGAGUCCUGCCACUCGCCCAACGUGGUGUCCUACUUCUCCACGCACUUCCUCCACGACACCCUCUGGCUGUGCAUGGAGCUCUGCCCGGGCGGGUCAUUCAUGGACAUCAUGCAGAGUCCGGCCAAGGUCAUCCGCCUCGAGGAGAAGGAUGUCCCCCACAGCCUGGCGGUCAUCAACCACCGGCAGCCGCUGCUGGUGUACCGGAACUCCGGGUUCUUCUUGGAUGUCAACAACUUCCGCCGGGUGGGGCCGAUCUUCUCUUGGCGCAACACCCCGAUGGCGGUGCUGCCGAUUCGCGAGAACAAGAUCCUCAGCUUCGGUGCCUCGCAGAUCGACGUCUUCUGGCGCCACACCGGCGAGCUGAUCCAAACCGUGCGGGACUUCGAAUGCCAGAAGCUCCGGUACCUCAUGCGGCGACAUGGGGACGACCUGGUGGUCGCGUCGCGUGUUGGCCCGGCCAUCAUGAACAUCCACAUCAUCCGCUCGCUCGGCGAGCAGCGCCGCCCCGCCAGCAGCGCUUCGCCCAUGGUCUAA